CAGUUCUGAUCUGAAAGGAAAACGUAUGUCCAUGGGCAGGAAGUCUGCAUUCUGCAUAAGUGGGUGUUGUGUGGGAGUUUCUGUAGAGGCAAGCGUGACACGUCAAACUGUGAGCAGGAAGUGAGGCUGGCUUCUGCCUGCCCGGUGUACAACCAGUAGGAAACGGCAUUGUGCUUUUUCGCAUCCUUAUUUUCAAAAUGGAUACACAACUGGAAGUGCUCUGUCCCUCUGUAUCAGCUGGCUGGGCUUUGUCCCUUCGGCUCCGGUCGAGCACUCGCUGUCAUUACAGCAGGCAGAUUGCUGGCCACCGCUCAGUGCGGGGAGCGAAGCCGAGGCAUGGGAGUACCUCUUACAGCAUCUCUGUGCCUCACUGCUUUUCCAGCCUGGCCUGGAGUCUGCAGGAUGCUUUGUGGUGGGAGACACGACGCAGAGUUUUUUUCAGUUCAUCUUUUGUCGGUCUUGUUCUGUGUCGCUGAUGCACCGCCAUCUCCCAGCUGGGACUGGGACAGCUGGACCCCGAGAGACACUGCUGCAGUCCGUGACAGCGCCGUCAGCAGCUUGCUUCAUUCAUAGGCUCUAAGAAGGUGUCACAGCCCUCACCACCGCUUUCUAGGCCUGCCAUAGGCUGUCAUUUCCUCUGAUGGAGGAUUCCUACGGGGAAGUGGGAUGAGGGCAGCUGAAGUCCCGCGGCUUUUCAUUCCCAGUCACCAGCUGAGGUUGGAAGUGAGCAGCAAGGCUUCCCCGGUACCUCCCUCCUGCACCCAGAGCAGCGUGAGGCCGACUGUUUGUAAACACCUCAGGUCUACAAACCUAUUUCAAGGACAGUGACCUCUCACCCCUGAGAACAGCAUUCCUGGACCAGCUGACAGCCUCUGCCACUCAGCCUUACCUAGUGCAAUGUCAGGCCAUCACACUCCCUCUGCUGGGGGUCCCUUCUCAGCACUCACACCCAGCAUUUGGCCGCAGGAGAUCCUGGCGAAAUACACACAGAAAGAAGAAUCCAUUGAGCAGCCAGAGUUCCGCUAUGAUGAAUUCGGGUUCCGAGUUGAUAAGGAAGACGGUGCUGAGCCAAACUCCAGCAAGCUUCUGGGGCUCCCGCUGACAGAGGAGCCACAGCAGAGGCUCAAGUGGCAGGCUCAUCUGGAAUUCACACACAACCACGAUGUGGGUGACCUCACCUGGGACAAAAUUGAGGUCACCCUCCCACAUUCAGACAAACUGCGCUCCCUGGUGCUGGCUGGCAUCCCACACAGCAUGAGGCCACAGCUGUGGAUGCGCCUGUCUGGGGCCUUGCAGAAGAAGAGAAAUUCAGAGAUGUCAUAUCGCGAUAUCGUGAAAAACAGCUCAAAUGAUGAAACCAUUGCUGCCAAACAGAUUGAAAAAGACUUGCUCCGCACGAUGCCCAGCAACGCCUGCUUCUCCAACAUGAACAGUAUCGGGGUGCCGCGGCUACGCAGGAUACUACGGGGACUUGCCUGGCUCUACCCAGACAUUGGAUAUUGCCAAGGCACUGGCAUGGUGGCUGCCUCUCUGCUGCUCUUCUUGGAGGAGGAAGAUGCCUUCUGGAUGAUGUGUGCUAUCAUUGAGGAACUGGUUCCCGCCUCCUACUUCAGUACCACCCUAAUGGGGGUGCAGACAGACCAGCGUGUCCUGCGACAGCUCAUUGUACAGUACCUACCCCGUCUGGACAAGCUGCUCCAGGAGCAUGACAUCGAGCUGUCCCUGAUCACCUUGCACUGGUUCCUCACCUCCUUCGCUAGUGUUGUCCACAUCAAGCUGCUGCUGCGCAUUUGGGACCUCUUCUUCUAUGAGGGCUCUCUGGUGCUGUUCCAGCUCACUUUGGGCAUGCUCAGUAUGAAGGAGGAUGAGCUAAUCCAGUCUGAGAACUCUGCCUCAAUCUUCAACACGCUCUCGGACAUCCCAAGUCAGAUUGAAGAUGCAGAUGUGCUGCUGCGGGAGGCCAUGCGCGUGGCUGGCUCGCUGACAGAUGUGGCGGUGGAGACCCAGCGUCGCAAACACUUGGCCUACCUCAUUGCCGACCAGGGGCAGCUGCUCAACUCCAGCGCCACUGUCAACAAUUUAUCCAAAAUCGUGCGGCGCAGGACUCAGCGCAGGAAAUCUGGCAUCACCUCUCUGCUUUUUGGGGAUGAUGACUUGGAGGCACUGAAAGCCAAGAACAUCAAGCAGACGGAGCUGGUGGCUGACCUUCGUGAGGCCAUUCUCCAGGUGGCACGGCACUUCCAGUGCGUGGAUCCCAAGAACUGCAGCAUUGAUCUGACUCCAGACUACAGUAUGGAGAGCCACCAGCGGGACCAUGAGAACUACGUGGCCUGUUCCCGCAACCGACGACGCCGAGCCAAAGCACUGCUGGACUUUGAGCGUCACGAUGACGACGAGCUGGGCUUCCGCAAGAAUGACAUCAUUACGAUCAUUUCCCAGAAAGAUGAGCACUGUUGGGUUGGAGAGCUGAAUGGACUGAGAGGUUGGUUUCCUGCAAAAUUUGUUGAGAUCUUGGAUGAGAGGAGCAAAGAGUACUCCAUUGCUGGGGAUGACUCGGUCACAGAAGGGGUGACAGACUUGGUGCGUGGGACGCUUUGUCCAGCCGUGAAGUCCAUAUUUGAACACGGAUUGAAGAAGCCAACGCUGCUGGGGGGUGCCUGCCAUCCUUGGCUGUUCAUUGAAGAGGCUGCAAGCAGGGAAGUGGAACGAGACUUUGACUCUGUAUAUUCUCGCCUCGUGCUCUGCAAGACUUACAGGCUGGAUGAAGAUGGCAAAGUCCUCACUCCAGAGGAGCUGCUUUAUCGGGCAGUUCAGGCUGUGAACAUGACGCAUGAUGCUGCACAUGCACAGAUGGAUGUGAAACUUCGUUCCCUCAUCUGCGUUGGGCUCAACGAGCAAGUGCUACAUUUGUGGCUGGAGGUGCUCUGUUCAAGCCUGCAGACUGUGGAGAAGUGGUUUCAUCCCUGGUCCUUCUUACGCAGCCCUGGGUGGGUCCAGAUCAAGUGUGAGCUGAGAGUGCUCUGCAAAUUUGCCUUCAGCCUGUCUCAGGACUGGGAGCUGCCGAUAAAGAGGGAGGAGAAGGAGAAGAAGCCACUGAAAGAAGGGGUGCAGGACAUGCUCGUGAAGCACCACCUCUUCAGCUGGGACAUAGAUGGGUGACCCCCACCCCGCUCUGCCCCGGGAACCUUCUCAGCGGCGUGCACUCCUCUCCCCAACUCCCAUCAUCUCACAUCCCCUUCCUUUCCCUCCCUCCCCUCACCACACUUGUAUCUGUGACAAAAUCCCCCUCAGGGGGCUGCCAGGCCACCCGGGAGCGAUGGCAGCAGUGCCACAAGGCCAUGCUGCUGACCCAAGGGAGGUGACGGUGGAGGCUGAUGCUGCGCAGGGACAAGUGUGUUCUGGCCAGAAAAAUGAGUGCCCCCUCCCAGCCUUCCCCAUUUCUGCCACCCCCAUUUCCCUGGGGAGAGGGGCUGCAGGCCCAGCCGCUGCGUGCCAGCGUUUCCAGUGCUGCCGUAGCCGUGGGGCGGAGGCAAUCCUUGCGGGAUGGCUUUGAUCGGUGAAAGGUGGCACUGCAGACGCGGGUGGAACCGAGCUGGUGAGGGACUCGCUGCUGUGCGGAGCAGGGAUGGCACGCCCCCACCUCGUGCCAUCCAAGGGCUCGCCUCCGAGGGGAGGGGGAAGGCAGAACCCGAAGCGCUGGGAUGGGUUCGCCCGACCUGGAGCCAGGGCAGAGAAGGGGGAACCGGUAUCAGCCUCGUCCCACUUCCCUGGCACUGGUGUGUGGGGUGUCGACAAGAGGUGCCUGAGAGCACCGGCCUCUUACUGCUCCAGCAGCCCUAGGGGACGGGCUUUGUCUCCUCUGGGAGCAGACAAAAACCAACACUCCCCUAGAAGAGUGUUUCAUGCUGUCAUUUUAGUCUCUACAUGAUUUUUACUGUUAACCAAAAAGCUGUAAAUUAACUCCGGGAACGUGUGUAUAUUUUGGCACUGUCGUAGCUCAGGAUGGGGUUCAGGUUGGAGCUGGCUCAGGGAGACCGACUCACCCUCCUCGCCCUCCGGCGGCGGCAGGGACGCGAGUCGGGAGCGGAGAAUUGCUGCUUUGUGGUGGUGGCUCUGGAUAUGGAGUCUGUGACUUUCUACUGAAAGCGCUUGUCAGUGAGCACAAACUACUCGUGAGAUGACACUAGAUUCGUACUUUACUUUAUUCUGUGGGUUUGUAAAUAAACUGCAUCUUGGGAGAGCA